AUGGCGAUUCACACCCAAGGAACGAUUGCUCUGGUGGUGACGGGCGUGUUUGCGGUUUUGGCUUUCAUUGCACUGGGACUACGUGUAUAUGUUAAGCUGGCCAUUACAAGGGUUUUUGGCUGGAACGAUGUCGGCAUGGGAGUCGCGUGGGUCGCGUACAUGGUCCUCGGAGGUCUGCUCCUCAUGGGUGUCACGGGUGGAAUCGGAGGUCACACGUCCCAAUCUAACGUGGAGGGAAUCACACAAGUGCUCAAGGCCAUCUGGUUCCUCGAGAUUGUCUACGUGAUCCUCACCUCCGUCAUGAAGGCCUCCAUCGCCGUGACCAUGAUGCGCUGGACCAGCAGCCGCGUCCUCAGAUUAUUGUUCUGGGGGUCCAUCGCCAUGGACUUCACUAUCUCCGCCGUCUUCGCCCUCUACGUUGUCUUCCAGUGCCAGCCCAUCUCCUACGCGUGGAACAUGCUCAACCCGAAGAUGAAGGGCAAGUGCUUGCCAUUCCAAGGCCAGCUUUACAUGGGUCUUGCGUUGUGCGCAGUCACGUUCACGCUGGACAUCCUGCUCAUGACUUCGCCAUGGGUCAUGAUGAAGGGCAAGGGCUUGAACAAGAUCCUGAAGAGAUACAUCUAUGGUAUCUUCAGCUUGGGUAUUGCCGCCACGAUCGCCAACAUCAUCCGUCUCUUCGCCCUUCUCAAGCUCCAGAAAUCCUCUGAUCAACUCUACGACGCCGCCCCCGUUUUCUCCUGGUCCGCAGUCGAAGUCAGCAUCGGUCUCAUCAUCGCCGGUUUGAUCGAGCUCGGCCCGCUCAUGGCCAGACUAGGUUUCCCCGGCUUCGACAUGUACUCGCGCUUCGCUACUCUCGGCGACGAAGACACCUUGAAGCUCCAGCAGAUGCCAAGCAUGGACAAGGGCAGCAUCACGGUCACGGGUCCUGCGUAG